GAAAAAAGAUUAUCCGACCAACUGCUGGACGAGAGCAAGAAAGAAUAUUUUGACACAGCUGGUCAAGAAUACCUAGUUACAGCAGGACAAGAAGAUUAUCGAGAAAUACUUGACAAGAAGAGCGUCCUGCUGGUCAAGAGGAGUAUCCGGGAUACUGGAUACUGA